ACAAAAAGGAAAAGGAUUAGACUACAAGGAGGAAAGUAAAAGUGAAAAACAAGGAUAUCUUUUGACAGUUUCGGUAAAAAAGGUGUUGUGCAAGCGUAAAAUUCAACAGAAAUGGAAAUUGAAGCCGAAUCCCAAAAGCUGAUUCUCGAUCUGUCGAAGAAAUGCCUGAAAAAGAUUCCCAAAACGGACGACGCGCAGCAAUACAAAGUGUUGAUCCUGGAUGACAAUGAACUGCAGAAGAUUGACAAUAUCGAUUCGUAUCUUAAGAUAGAAAAGUUAUCGCUAUGUAAGAAUCAACUGCUCCGGAUGUACGGCGUUUGCCGGUUGCAUUGCCUGCGGGAGCUGAACCUUGCCUACAACGGAAUUCUGACCAUUGAGGGCCUGAAGGAUUUGGUUCAUUUGACGCAUCUCAAUCUGGAAGGGAACAAUAUUAAAACUAUUGAGCAUCUGAAUACCAACACCAGUCUGGAAUGUUUGAAUCUGUCGGAGAAUAGCAUCGGUAUCAUUUCGGAUAUCUCGUUCCUGAAGAAUUUGAAGGAACUGUACAUAAACGGAAACAGGAUCGCUCACUUGAGACAAUGCGACAAGUAUUUGCCCCAUUCGUUGGAAACGUUAACGUUGGCGAAGAACAACAUUUCCGAUUUGAACGAAAUUUGCACAUUAAGUCACUUGAACAAUCUCAACAGCAUCACGAUAGCGGAUAAUCCUUGUGUUCAGAUGACUGGGAAUUCAAUCGGAUUUGAUUACCGACCUUUUGUGCUGAAUUGGUGCAUGAGUGUAAAAAUGAUUGACGGGUUCGUUGUAACAGCUAUUGAAAGUUUGAAGGCCGAAUGGUUAUACAGCCAAGGACGUGGUCGCCAGUUUCGCGUGGGCGAACAAGUUACCUUAGCCCGGUACCUUAGUACGGUUUGUCCUCUGUCCGGUGAAGCUUUGGAGAACGAAAACGAACGCAAGUUGAGAUUGAUUCUAAGCAAAGCUCAACAGCAUCAGCGACAGUUGCAGGAACAAAGUUCCGGUGGCGGAGGAGAUGGAACCACCACGCCUGUGAAUAACUCACCUUCAUCACUCAGGCGGAAAGGACAAAGCCGAAUACAGUCACCUAGAGUUACUCGAUUGAGUGGUCGUCAGCACUCGCCGGAUACCAUGUCCAGUAGUUAUCACGGUAACACUUCUACCAAUUUGAUGACUUCCAGCACUAUCGAAAACACUAGCGGUGGUAAUCAACUGUUUGAACUCACCAAAUCUUUAAUUGACAACAUCACUUCCGACAACAUUAUGUCACAAAGUCUCGACCCGAAUAUGUUGAAUCCCACGAGCAACGUCAACUCUAUGAAUAGUUCAAUGCAUGAGAGCAUCGUUCUGUCGAAGCAACAAGUCAGUGCUAGUGGUGCCAAUCUCUACAACGAUCAACCACCUGCCGGGCAGGUCAUUAUGGGUGGCCCGCUGGCAGCCGCAUCGAAAAUGGUUCCCGUGCCGGAAUCGUUGAUGAGUCCCGAUUGCGGACCAACCACUUCACCGGCCACGAUUGUACAGCGUAAUAUGCAAAACUGUGCUAACCAGCCACAGCCGCAGACACCACAGAUUCCCAAGGCGAUCAAAACCAAAGAUAAUACCCGCGCCGCAGGUAUCCCUACGAGUACCACGAAGAGCUCGAGUCCACGUCCUACAAAGCGCAGCACUUCUACCAACAAUAGCACCAGCAACAGUGUUAGCAGUGAGCGUUCGUCUCCUUCGCUUUCACCUCGGAAGACUCUGACCAACGUUAGCAAUAGCCACUCUAGGGCACUGUCUGCUCAGUCCAAAGGCUCGGCUCAUGGCGCCCAUGCCACUCCCCCCGAUGGUGGUUCCAGCAAUGCCGUUAGCUCGGACGAAGACAGCGAGGCUAUCAAUAUCGAAAAGUUGAAAACCAUCAGAAAUAAGGCAGCCCAGCAAAGUGGGCAAGUCUUCGCCAAAGCCAAAGAAAAAGAAAGCGUGAAUGGUGCCACGACUAUCAACAACAAAACCACCGAAAACUCAGUCAUACUAAUCCAAAAAAUCUGGCGCGGUUACCGAACCCGAAAGAGAGGCCAAAAUAUCGCGGAUAUUCUGCAGAAGAAGCGAACGCAAGAUUACAUCCUUAAAUUGACCAAAGAUAUGGAAAUGACCAAAACUGCGCUGGAAAACGAGCGUAAAAUACAGCAGCUGCAGAUGCAAGCUAUCAAUGCCUUGUGGAAGAAGGUUUCCGCCAUGCAACCGUCACAGGCGGCCAACGGCACGACGGACACCAUGAAGCUAGAUGUGAUCAACAACGAAAACAGCUCGGUGCUUGUCGUUCAGGACCUGACGAAGACUUGCUCGAUGCUAAUGAAUCAGGUACAACAAUUGCAAACCUCCGUGAAGGACAUUGUAACAUGUAUGCAGUUCUUUGCCAAUGCCAACAUGUCUGCUUGCACGGUGGAAACGUCGUCCAGCAGUCUGAAGGAUAGUUGCGAAACGCAAACGGAAAUAGUGGCAGUUCACACGCCACAGGUCGAGCAAUUGCCAGCGUUUCCAUUUAAGGCGGCAAGCAGCGCCAGCAGUAAACUGACCAGGCCUUCGUCUCUGCCGAUCAGUUCUUCAGAAACGUCGCCAAAGAUAACUUCCCAGGAGGGUAAGCCGAUAAUCGAGGAAGACGAAGGCGCCUCCAAGGAGGAAGACCUUGUGGAGGAUGUAGUUAUGGAAAUCGAAGCCGACCCAGGUGAUACCGAAGAGAACGACGACGGCGAACAGAAGGAACUCGACGAAAAGGAACUUGAGGAGACAGGUAAACUGGUGAAGGUGGUUAACUAACUUUAUAGAACUUGUAGUUGUCUAGUGGAAUAGUAGCCGGCUCCUAUCCUUACUACUACUCUCUGUAUGUUUCAUUUGUGAAUGUGAUUGCUUUUACAGCUCGACUUCCAGUUCAGUUCAAAGUGUACUGAAACAAUGUUUUAUUUUAUUGCGUUAAUUAAUUUUAAGUGUAAAUGUAAAAGGAUGCUAUUGAUACUCACUUUAUAAUUUUACUGUUAUCGGAUCUCUUAGGAAUAUAAUGCGAUUGUCAUUUGGACAAUGAUCUCUUAAAUUUCGAAGGCAUUUUUUAUGAAAUAGAUAUUAUUCAAUUAUUUAUAGACAUUCCCGGGUCAAGUUAAGCAAGAUUUCAUGCAAACAAUAGAAAAGGCACUAGGGUGUCAGUACCAAUAGUGAAAUACUAUAGCCGAAGAGUCACCAGUGUUGCUGCGCAAAAUCGAACCAAAAAAAUAUUGGUAUGCCCCAAGUUAACAUAAUUUUGUACUCUGAUAUAAAGAAAUUAAUUUGUCUGCGAAGGUUUUACCGAAAUCCUUAAGAUUUUGAUGAAAUUGCGAAAUUUCAUCUAAACUUUCUACGGGUUUAUCAGACUCUUGCGUAUUAAUUUUUGAACAACGAUAGCAGAUAAACGUUCACAUCAUUCCAUUAGGUCUAAAAUAAUUUGGUACAGUCAACUGUAUGUAACUUGUUAUGGCAUAUGUUUCGAUAUUGAGUAAUAGAACACUAGUAGGUAAAAGUUAAUUAGCAUGACUACCUCCUUGUCUCUUAAAAGGUUCCACUUAUUUUUACAUUGAUGAAAUCUUUCAUCCGACAUAUGGUCAGCGUUCAGAGAAACGAUUUGGUGGCUUUGUAAAGAUUAGGCAAGUACUCCAUCGAUUCCGAUCCUUUCGAUGCUAUUUUGAUACAGUUUCAAUAUUACAGUUACUAAUGAAAUGUCUCUUCGAAUGCUAGAAAACGCUUGAAACUUGUUUCCUAAAAUCAUUUGAAAAAAAAAAACACUAUGUCCAGUUUGACUUAACACCGACCAUAUGGCCAAAUGACUAUUGUGUAGCUGUUUCACGAAAUUCGAAUUGAAAAGCAGAGGGUUUUCACCUAAAUGAAACACAAGCUGAUUGGUACCUACACGCUUGGUCUGAUUCUUGCUUCACUAAUGAGUCGGAAUAAUACAGAAUGUUAGUGUUCUCAUAAAAUACAAGGCGUAUAAAAGGUCCCUGAAAUACUCUGAGAUAUGUAGCAUUCUGUACAACUUUUUUUAAAGUAUUUCGUUUGAAAAAGAGUGUAGUACAUUCCUAGUAGAUAUGUUGAUAAUUUACACAUAACAGUGUAACGUUUAGCGUGAUACACGCUAUGCUAGCUACAACAAAAAAAUAUGUUUUACACAAAUUAGAUCUCAAGCUUGGGAAUUCCAUAUAAAAGUGCUCUCUUCUUCUCUGGUCGUAGUAAAUUCAAUGCUAGAAUAUGAUAAUAGUAGUAAAAUUGAAUGAAAUAAA